UUGUUCAUUUCUAUGGAAAUCCAGAAGACCAGAUAUGAACGAAGGCGUCUUUCAUUUGAGUGGCUGAACAGGGUUUUUUCGUUUUGACUUGUCUCAAAUUACGUGGAUUCGAACGAAAAAUCCCUUCGACUCCAAACGCACCGGAUUUGGAGUGAUUCGCACCGGAUCAGAGUGUGUCCCAAAUUCAAAAGCCAAAAUUUGUGUACGCAAAGCAAAAAAUGCCUUCGAGUCCAAAGAGGACCAGAGAGCAAAGAGCCAAAGAGGGGACACAAGGGGCAAUCCGGAUCCUCUGCGUUUGGACUCGAAGGCAUUUUUGCUUCGCGUACACUAAUUUUGGCUUUUGGGUUUGAGACACACUCCGGAUCCGGUGCAUUUGGACUCGAAUCACUCCAAAUCCGGUGCGUUUGGAGUCGAAGGGAUUUUCUGUAACCGCCUCGCGCUUGUUUCGUCCUCUUGGACAUGCCAUUCUCAAGCCACCUUAUUCUGAAGAAAUAUUCUCUUCAUUUCUCUGUUCUUCACACCCGUCUGAAGUGCUAUUCCCCAGCUAAAGCUUCAACACAGCAUGAGGAGCAGAAAAAAGGAGAGUUUUAUUAAAAUGAGGAUAGCCAUGUUGGAUCUCAUCUGUUUUCCUUCGCAUUAAAUUAAGACUGAUCGCAGAAAAGAAAGGUCUUUUCGGUUGCAGGGAAUCGAGGAGAAACAAUGGAGUGGACAACGGUCCAGCAUCUGGAUCUUCGCCGCGUCGGUCGAGGCCUCAAGCCCUUGCAGCCUCACGCGGCAGCAUUUCAUUCCACUCAGGCGCUCGUAGCUGCCGCCAUCGGAAACUACAUAAUUGAAUUUGAUGCACUUACAGGAAGCAAGAUCUCUUCUAUUGAUAUUGGUGCUCCUGUUAUACGUAUGUCAUACAGUCCCACUGGUGGGCAUGCUGUGAUUGCUGUUCUUGAGGAUUGUACAAUCCAGUCCUGUGACUUUGACACUGAGCAAACUUGUGUGUUGUAUUCACCUGAAAAGAAGAUGGAACAAGUUUCUUCUGAUACCGAGGUCCAUCUUGCAUUAACACCUCUCCAACCGGUUGUAUUUUUUGGUUUCCACAAACGGAUGAGUGUAACAGUUGUUGGAACUGUUGAAGGUGGAAAGGCACCGACAAAGAUAAAGACAGAUCUGAAAAAGCCUAUCAUCAAUCUUGCUUGUCAUCCUCGCCUACCUGUUCUGUAUGUAGGAUAUGCUGAAGGUUUGAUUAGAGCUUACAACGUUUAUACUUAUGCUGUUCAUUAUACACUACAACUUGAUACUACUAUUAAGCUCAUUGGUGCUGGUGCAUUUGCCUUUCAUCCAACCUUGGAGUGGGUAUUUGUUGGUGAUAGACGGGGUACACUUUUGGCAUGGGAUGUAUCGAAUGAGAAACCAAGUAUGAUUGGAAUAGUGCAGGUGGGUUCGCAGCCAAUUACAUCAAUCGCAUGGCUUCCUAUGCUGCGGUUUCUUGUCAUUGUUUCCAAAGAUGGAACUCUGCAAGUGUGGAAAACACGAGCUAUAGUUAAUCCAAAUAGACCUCCUAUGCAAACAAAUUUUUUUGAGACUGCUGGAAUUGAACCAAUUGAUGUUACACGAAUACUUUCUCAACAGGAUGGAGAGGCUGUUUAUCCCUUGCCACGCAUCAAAGAUUUGGUAGUUCACUCAAAAUUGAAUUUAGCAGCGUUGCUGUUUGCAAAAGUGACAGCUGGAGGCCAUUUGCAAAAUAGGGCUGCAUACACUAGGGAAGGAAGGAAACAGCUUUUUUCUGUUCUGCAAAGUGCAAGGGGAUCCUCAGCUUCUGUUUUGAAGGAAAAGGUUUCGUCUUUAGGUUCAUCUGGAAUUUUAGCUGACCAUCAACUUCAAAUGCAAUUGCAGGAACAUCAGUUGAAGGGUUACAGUCAGCUUAAUAUAUCAGAUAUCGCACGGAAGGCAUUUCUUCAAAGUCACUUCAUGGAAGGUCAUGCCAAAGAUGCCCCAAUAUCUCGGUUGCCUAUUAUCACUAUUUCAGAUACCAAUUAUCUUCUGAAGGACAUGCCUGUUUGUCAGCCCUUCCAUUUGGAGCUGAACUUCUUCAAUAAAGAGAACCGGGUGCUUCACUAUCCUGUGAGGGCAUUUUAUGUGGAUGGCAUUAACCUUAUGGCUUACAAUCUUUGUUCUGAUUCAGAUAAUUUAUACAAAAGGCUUUAUUCUGCGGUGCCUGGAUAUUUAGAAUACUAUUCAAAAAAGCUGCUUCACAGUACCAAGCAGCACCUGUUUCUUGUUGUUUUUGUGUUCAGUGGUGCUGCAAGUGAGGUUGUUCUUUAUUGGGAAAAUACUAAUUUUCAAUCAUCUAACAGUAAAGGAAGCUCACUUAAAGGUUGUGAUGCAGCAUUCAUUGGCCCUAGUGAAAAUCAAUUUGUGAUUCUUGAUGAUGAUAAGGCCCGCCUGGCUUUGUAUAUUCUUCCAGGGACGACUUCACAAGAAGUUGGUGAAAAUAAUGGAACACUUGAAUCAAACUCAACUUAUGAUACAGAUGUUAGUUCAGUUCGUGGUCCAAUUCAGUUCAUGUUUGAAAGUGAAGUUGAUCAGAUAUUUUCUACACCACUAGAAUCAACUGUCAUGUAUGCCUCUAGUAGCAGUCAUAUUGGUUUAGCAAUGUUGACCCAAGUAUAUCAUUCAACUGAUGGUGUUCAAUAUAUAUCAACAAAAACUGAAGGGAAAAAGUCAAUCAAGUUGAAAGCAAAUGAGACUGCCCUCCAGGUACACUGGCAAGAAACUCUUAGAGGCCAGGUUGCGGGAAUACUGACUAGCCAUAGGGUGCUAAUUGUGUCGGCCGAUCUUGAUGUUUUGGCAACCAGUUCAACAAAUUCUGAUAAAGGACUCCCUUCAUUUAGAUCCCUUUUAUGGGUUGGUCCCACACUUCUUUUUUCUACUGCAACUGCAGUUAGUGCCCUUGGAUGGGAUAGCAAAGUCCGGACCAUUCUUUCAACUAGUAUGCCCUAUUCAGUUAUGGUUGGUGCUUUGAAUGAUAGACUAUUGCUUGCAAAUCCAACAGACAUUAAUCCUAGACAAAAGAAAGGGGUUGAGAUAAGGAGCUGUCUUUUUGGCCUUCUUGAACCUCUUCUUAUUGGUUUUGCUACAAUGCAGAAAAGCUUUGAACAGAAGCUUGACUUAUCAGAAAUACUAUACCAAAUAACAUCAAGGUUUGAUAGUUUGCGCAUUACACCAAGAUCUCUUGAUAUUCUUUCCAGUGGUUCUCCUGUUUGUGGAGAUCUUGCUGUAUCACUAUCCCAAGCAGGACCACAAUUUACUCAGAUGCUGCGGUGCAUAUAUGCAAUCAAAGCCCUUCGUUUCUCUACAGCUUUGUCAGUUUUAAAGGACGACUUCUUGCGUUCAAGAGAUUAUCCACAAUGUCCUACUACUUCUCAUUUGUUUCAUCAGUUUCAGCAAUUGGGAUAUGCCUGUAUCAAGUAUGGUCAGUUUGAUAGUGCAAAAGAAACUUUUGAGGUUAUUGCAGAUUUUUUGAGCAUGCUUGAUCUAUUUAUAUGUCACUUGAACCCCAGUGCUAUGCGGCGUCUUGCACAUAAAUUGGAAGAUGCUAGUACUGAUUCAGAAUUGAGGCGAUAUUGUGAAAGGAUUUUAAGAGUCCGCUCAACAGGAUGGACACAAGGUAUUUUUGCCAACUUUUCGGCUGAGAGUAUGGUUCCUAAAGGACCAGAAUGGGGUGGUGGAAACUGGGAAAUAAAGACCCCCACUAACAUGAAAAAUAUACCUCAAUGGGAGCUGGCUGGAGAGGUAACACCAUAUAUGAAGACCAAUGAUGGUGGCAUCCCAUCCAUCAUUCCAGAACAUAUUGGUGUUUACUUGGGUGCAAUUAAAGGAAGGGGCAAUGUAGUAGAAGUAAGGGAAGAGAAUUUAGUCAAGGUUUUUACAACUGCAGCUGGUGAGAACAAAGCCAAUGGGUUUCAAGCUUCUGUUGCUAAGCCUAUAUCUGCCAAGCCCAACAGCAUGGCUGGUGGAGAUGCUAAGGUGCAUUCUUUUAAUGAUUUGGAAUCUCUCACCAAGAAAUUAGCAAGCACAACAGCUGCAGAUGAGCAGGCAAAAGCUGCUGAAGAAUUUAAGAAAUCAUUAUAUGGUGCCUCUGCUGAUGAUAGCAGCAGUGAUGAGGAGGGUGGAGUGACCAAGACCAGAAAGUUUCGCAUACAGAUACGUGAGAAGCCAAUUGCAUCGAGUCCAGUGGAUGUCAAUAAGAUUAAAGAAGCCACCAAGCAAUUUAAACUUGGUGAUGGUUUAGGUCCACCCAUUGGUAGGAACAGAUCAUCAUUUGGGGGAUCCCAAGAUCUUGCAUUGAUUCUAUCUCAACCAGGUUCUGCAACUGUAACUGCUCCUGUUUCUUCUCCUAAUUUAUUUGGAAUUGAUUCAUUGGUACAACCUGCAACAGUGAAACAAGCAACCCCAACAGCUAUGGGUGUGGGAAUUAAUUCUGGUCCCAUCCCUGAGGAUUUUUUCCAGAAUACAAUUACAUCCUUUCAGGUUGUAGCUUCUUUGCCUCCUUCAGGGGCACAUAUCACAAAAUCAAUUCCGAAAUCUCAAGAAGUUGACAAAAACAAGGUAACCACUAACCAGGUUAAUGCAGCGGCUGAUAUAGGUCUUCCUGAUGGAGGAGUACCCCCUCAGGCAACUCAAAAGCCAGUUAUCCCACUUGAAUCCAUUGGGCUUGCAGAUGGUGGUGUGCCACCACAGUCCAUGGGUCAGCCUGAUAUCCAACCACAAUCCCAGGUUCCAGUUGCUCAGAUCCCAAUAUCUUCGCAGCCUCUUGAUCUGAGUGUACUUGGUGUGCCAGGAUCUGUCAGUUCCGGAAAGCCUCUUGUUCGCCCCACUUCCCCACUUUCUGCUGUGCACCCUGGACAAGUUCCUCAUGGGGCUGCUGCUUCAGUAUGCUUCAAAACUGGACUCGCACACCUUGAGCAGAAUCAACUUCCAGAUGCACUGUCCUGUUUCAAUGAAGCUUUUCUUGCACUAGCCAAGGAUCAAUCUCGUGGAGCUGACAUUAAAGCUCAAGCCACCAUUUGUGCUCAGUACAAGAUUGCAGUUGCUCUACUUCAGGAAAUUGGACGGCUGCAGAAGGUACAAGGACCUAGUCUAAUUAGUGCAAAAGAUGAGAUGGCAAGACUCUCCCGACACCUGGCUUCCUUACCACUUCAAACAAAGCAUAGAGUAAACUGCAUCAGAACUGCAAUAAAAAGAAACAUGGAGGUGCAGAACUAUGCUUAUGCAAAGCAGAUGCUUGAUCUCCUCCUGUGCAAAGCACCACCAAGUAAGCAAGAUGAAUUGAGAAGCUUGAUUGACAUGUGUAUUCAGAGGGGGUUGUCCAACAACUCUAUUGAUCCAUUAGAAGAUCCUUCCCAGUUCUGUGCCGCUACACUCAGCCGCUUGUCAACAAUUGGACAUGAUGUUUGUGAUCUUUGUGGGGCCAAAUUUUCGGCCCUUAGAACACCUGGGUGCAUCAUCUGUGGUAUGGGGAGCAUUAAAAGAUCAGAUGCACUCACAGGGCCUCUUCCUUCACCAUUCAGUUGAUUUAUGCCUUGCCAUACUAUUUUCGGGACCAGAUCCCUCUUGCUGGAUGUUUUUCUUGAACCAAUAAAGGCAUUUUCCAGAACGAAGCCACCAUAAUGUAUCAUCCGUUCUGGGGAACUGAUCUUUUUUAGGGGGUUGGAGGUGUAGAAGUGGGGGCUUCUGCCCUAUUAGUUGCUCAUAGUUAGAAUUUUCAUUUUUAUUUUUCUCUUUCCUAUACUCAUCUUUCCUUUAUUUAAUUUAUCCGUAAAUUGGUUA